CAAUCAAACUUAGCCCUUACUGUAUUCUCAUAAGGACUUUAACUCUCAAACGGCUACCGCCUGCUUCCGUGCAUAUCAGACAUCUAUACCUAUACCACAUAGACACCCCAGCGCAGGAUCCUCUCUCCUCCUGUUGCUGCUCUCUUUUAAGAGAAAUGCCCAUCUUUACUGUAUAGAAAGCUAAUGUCAAGUUUCUUUUUCCUCCUUUUUGCGGGUCUCUCAAAAGAUGAUUUCUAUUCAACUUUGUUCGAAAUAAUUGCCUUACAUUGCCCGUGUUAAUGGAAUUCCACCUCUUUCAAACUUGCCUACAAUUUUGAGCGUGUGUUGAAACCAGAUGGCUAGCCGGCCCACUCGAUUGAGGAGACCAUACCAACAGCAUGAGCAACAGCCGAGGGCUAAGUGGACAGCAUCCCUCACUAAGAUACUUGCAGACUUGAUGGUUGACCAGGUCCGAAAGGGGAAUAGGCAGAACAAUUCUUUUGGAAAGAAAGCGUGGAAAUAUAUGUGUGAUGACUUUUUCAAGAAAACAGGAUUGAAAUGGGACAAGGAGCAACUGAAGAACCGGUAUGCUGUCUUGAGGAGGCAAUAUGUCAUUGUCAAGUCACUUCUUGAUCAAAGUGACUUUAAUUGGGAUGAAAACACAGGCAUUAUCACGGCCAAGGAUGAAGCAUGGGACAACUACAUUAAGGAACAUCCUGAUGCUGAGAGUAUGAGAAGCGCUGGCUGCCCAAUUUACAAACAGCUAUGCACAAUAUUCUCAGAAUCAGGAGCCAAUGGGACAAAUGAGCAAUCAGCUGAACAUGAGGAAGGAAUUCCCUAUGAAUAUCCUUGUCCAGAACCUUUGAGCAUGCACCGGGAGGAGUCCUCAUCAGAGUCAGAUGAUGUGGCUGAGAUGGCAGACGGGCAAGACAAUUUUCAGUCUACUCUACCUACUGGAAUUAGUUCUCGCAAAAGAGGCCGCAGAGGAAUUGACAAUGUUAUUGCAGGGGCUAUACUGGAAAUGGCAGCUGCUUCAAAACUGAGGACAGCUGCUAUAAAGCAACGGAAUGCCAAAUUCUCUAUAACCAACUGUGUUCAAGCAUUGGAUGAGAUACAAGGUGUUGAUGAGCGUGUCUAUUUUGCUGCUCUGGAUUUAUUUGACAACCCCAAUGCCAGGGAAAUAUUCUUGUCUCUCAGGAGUGACAAACGGUAUACAUGGCUGUGUGGUAAGUGUACUGUCUCACCUAGUUAGUUCCAUAGGCUUAUACUAAACUCUGUGUUUGGUGCCAUCUGUUCUAUAACCUAAUAAGCACCAGAUAGCAGACUUUUUUUUGGUUAACUUCUAUUGUUAUACUUCAAUCAUUGCUGAAGGAACAAUUUCUUGGUUUAACACCAAGCCGGAUACAAGCCCCUAGGGAUUUUUCCAUCAAUUGUAAGAUUUUGGUGUUGGCAGCUACCAAUGAUAUCAUGUACAUACCUUAGCUUAUUAUGGCAUCUGAAUCUCUUAACCCUUGCAAGAUA